CACGUGUGGAUGCUUCCAGCCGCUCCAGUCCGCCUCUCCCAUCCGCCUCACAGCGUCCUGUCAACCGAAGGUUACAACGACAACAACCGCUUGCUAAUAUCAUCAUUGACGCCCAUAUUAUCAUUCAAAAAUAGCAUACUUUGAAGCUUUUUCUCGCUCCCAUUUCCAGUUAUCGUGCGGCGACUGGAAAAAAAGACACAUAUGCGCCGAGGCAGUCGCUGUUGUUAUUUUCCGUUUUAUUCCGGAGCUAGUUGGACGGGACAGCCGAGCAUCGACUGAGGAGUUGUUCAUGUGGGGCUUGUUCCAUGACCCUGCAGCUUCCUGAGCCAUACCCACUUCCACGGUCGUCCUCCCACCCGAGAUGUUGCCCUGCCUGCGGGGAGUUUUGCGGCCCGUCCUCUACCUGCAAGCCGGUAGAAGGUCGCUCCAAGCCGAACUCUUGAGCCACCAAGCCGAACCUUUGGCAGUGUCGGCUGCAGAGCUCCCGGUCUCCGCGCUGGUUCAGCGGCGUCACCUCGGCACACACCCGCUGAAAGAGCCCGUAGAGCCCCUCAACUCGCCACAAGGAGCCAAGGAGUUUAUUUAUAGCCUCCAUCCGUCUGAACGAACCUGCUUGCUGCGGGAACUGCACAAGUUCGAGUCCAUCGCCAUAGCUCAAGGGCAGCUGGAAAUAGCGCCCCCUACUUCAGCACAAUUAAGAUAUGUUCUCCUGCACAAUGCACUCCCUUUUGUUGGAUUUGGAUUUCUGGACAACUGCAUUAUGAUUGUUGCCGGCACACAGAUUGAGUUGUCUAUUGGCGUGAUCCUUGGCAUUUCAACUAUGGCAGCUGCUGCUCUUGGCAAUUUGGUGUCCGAUCUGGCAGGACUCGGGCUGGCAGGUUACGUGGAAGCUCUGGCAUCUCGACUGGGGAUGCAGAUUCCUGACCUGAGUCCAAAGCAGGCCGACAUGUGGCAGACCAGAGUCAGCUCCCACUCGGGCAAAGCCAUCGGCGUGGGCAUCGGUUGCAUCCUGGGCAUGUUCCCCCUCCUCUUCUUCAGUGACGACGAUGACAAGAAAAAGGCAAACAAGGACGCCAACAAGGACAAGACGCAAACGGCUAAAACUGCCAAUGACGGCAAGUGAGCUAAGUGCACUCACACUUUGGACCAAUGGACCAAAACAGAUAGCCAAAUAGUCCAAGGCUUUAGAUCUUAUUGAAGAGCUUCGUGAAAGUGAAGCACAUGGACAUCUGCUCCAGACAUCAUCAUCAUCAGCUUGCUUUUGGGAACGAAAGGAGAUAGACUUGGUUUUGACCAACAUGAAACUUUAAUUUAACAUCAUUCUAAAUAUAAUUUUAAAGACCUCUAAUAUGGUAAAAUAAAAUGUUCUUUCAUUUUAAAUCUCAACUAUCAUGAGCUGUAUGUGAAUUUAUUCCCAACUCCUAUUGAACAGACACAUUUUCGACAUUAGAAAAAAGAAACAAAAAUGUCAUUUAAAGUAUCGACAGUAUAGUGAAAGAAUGACGAUCUCAGUUCACUUAAGCCUUGUUGAGCUUAACACAAAGGUUGGGUGAAUAGCAACAGGUCGAUUGUACCUUCUUCCAUUUAGUGGAAGAGUUUUUAAUUACUCACUGGCAUAAAUAGAUGAACAUUGAUUGUAGUAGAUAAUUUGUUUUUGGACCCGGUAAGUGAAAAUGGAUAAUUUCUCACAGGUCCUUGCAGUGGUUGGGAAUGAGGGCAUUCUUUUAUGUCUCUACUGCACUCUGCUGGUUAAGAUUCUCAACUUUUCAGGUCACAUUAUUGGCUACACUUCCACCCCUCUCAUGAGCUCAAAUCCAAGAGCUGAAUUAACAAUUAUUUCCUUACAAAAUAUAAUAUUCACUUUUCAAUUAAGAGCAUGUUUAGUAUUGUGGAAGUGCAACUCUCGAGCAGACAAAGUUUCAAAUCAUUUGUCCCUCAUGUUGCUCAAUAAAUAUCAGAAAUAACUACUUGUCAGUUAAAUCUGAGCAUUUUUGUUAUUGUUAUGAUGGUGAUGUUUGAAAAUGAGCAAGUGUGACUUCUGCCAUCCUUUAUCUUUUAAAAUGUACUUUCGUUGCAUCUCAGCAGCAGAACAAUGUUCUCUCUUUUUGGGUUUUCGCCCUUGAGACACUUUUGUGUUUUAGCUGCUUUGCAUUUCAUUUCCUGCAUAUAUAGUGUUUAUUUAAAGCUGCCCAUUUGUAGGUUGACAUACCAAACGAGAUGAAGUUUUUUCAUAAAUGUGACGGAUUAAUGAAGUUAGAGCAGGAUGAAAUAGUGGCAAAGUCAAGCUUUUUUUUAGCUUGCAAAUCUUGAUGCAAUAUGAUAGAACGCAAUAUACAACUAACAAGGCACAAGUUGAGUUGAACAUGAAAAUAUCAACAUGAUAGUGAUAAGUUGUCAUUUUACUCACAUUUAUCAUUUAUUUACUCACAUUUAUUUAUCAUGUACUUGAUGUUCUUAUUUUUAGAGAAACAAUUGUAAUAUGACUGCAAAGAUUACUUAAACAAAAGCAGAAAAGAUGAUGACACUUAUUCAACUUGAUAUUUAUUUAUAUAAUACUUGUAUUAAAUGACUGUUUAUUUGUUUUAUUUUUGGUUGGUUGUCAUGAUGACUGUUAUUUUGUGGGAAGUUUAGAAACGCAUGUACUGGACUGUAUUUCUUUCUUUCCUUUAUUAGUUUGUGUUCCAGCUUGAGAAGUGGUUCCACGCCGCAUGCUAAUGCCAGCAUGGGUGUAAAGGAUUUGUAGGUGAUGAUUUUUCAUUUGAUCUGCUUUUAUUAAACACUCUCCCAAAUCAGAUUGUA